AUGGGUCUUGUAAAGCUCUUGCUCAAAGUAAUCCUCAUCCCAAUCAUUGUCCUCGUGGUUAUCGCUGUCGUUAUUUUCCUUCUCCUGAAAAUGCGUCGGGAUCGCAAAAAGAAGGAACGGGAACUGGAGAAAUCUUUCCAGCCACCCCCUAUACAGCAAUGGGUGCCGUACACCCCGGUGCAGCAACCAGCUCCGGCAUAUGUCAAAACACCAGGGGAGAUGGAGCAAGGAUUUGGACACAGACAGCCUUAG